AAUCCUUUUAAACUCUUAAAAAGUUGAAAAUAUUCCUUAAAAAUAUAAAAAAAAUAUUAAAUGGCGAGUGAAAAGGUACUCUUUCGUCACGAUGACGUCCAUGGCAGCGGUGACAUAUAUUUCAUCUGGCAAACGGGCAAUGGGCAACUUCUGGCAACAACUGGAGUCGAUCAAACUGUCGCUAUUUUCAAUCGUCAAGGACAAAUUGUUGAAAGAAUCGUUCUCCCGGGUUUUUGUUCGGGCUUUGCUUGGGAAUCUGAAGGCGAUUUGUUAGCAAUUACUACUUCAAACACAUCUCACGUCAUUAUUUGGGACUCUAAUACGCAUAAAAGGCAACAAAUCGACACGGGACUUCGUGAUCCUCCUUCAUGCUUAAUUUGGGCAAAAAAUCAACCAUUACUUGCGAUUGCUACAUCUCGCGGAAAUUUGGCAUUGUAUAAUCAUCUAACGACAAAACGCAUUCCUGUGUUAGGAAAACACAACAAAAAAAUUAUUUGCGGCGCUUGGUCGAGUGAAAAUUUAUUAGCGCUCGGCAGUGAAGAUAAAACGUUCUCAAUUAGCAACGAAGAGGGCGAUUCCUUAAGAAUUGUUCAUCUGAGAGACACUCCAUCGGACAUGUAUUUCGCUGAAAUGCGAACGGAUGAUCAUGUUUCAGGUGAAACUACAGUCAGUAUGAUUUUGGGGAAACGUACGUUAUAUUUGUAUUACAUGCCGGAACCAGAUUCCCCAAUUGAGCUUGGAUUUCAGCAAAAAUACGGACAAUUGAUGCAACAUAAAUGGUUCAAAGAUGGUCUCAUCAUGCUCGGAUUUUCCCUUGGAUACGUCGUUGUCAUUUCCACCCAUCCCAAAGAAGUUGGUCAAGAAUUAUGGCAAGUUCGGAAUCACCGAGACUCUCUCGUUAGCAUCGCAAUCACAAAAGAACUCGAAUUAAUAGCGUCGUGCGGCGAUAACAACAUAAAAAUCCAUUCAAUGGACAACUGGCAAGAAACGAGCAAAAUAUUGACGUUACAGGAUCAAGCCCCGUUAAAGGGAAUAAAUUGGAGCUCGGAUGGUCAAUUAUUAGCAGCUACAACGCAACAAGGCUCAAUUUGUGUUUUUGUCACGAAAUUACAUUCGUUGCAUGCGGUUUCGCCUCCUCGCAUCGCUUUGCUAAGCAACUUGACGGAAGUGUCAAUUUAUCACUACAACGCUGACAAAAUCAAACUUUUGCCGCACGUCGUGAAUUUAGAGAUUGAACCUUCCUUUCUCGCCAUCGGACCUUAUCAUCUCUUAUGUGGCAUGAACAACCAUGUCUGGUUUUACGAUUUGGGACGUUCCUUACUUGAUAUUCCGAUGGCAAUGGGCGAUCGGGAGUACAUGACAGAAAUUAAGGAAGCAACGUUAAAUGCUGAAUAUUGCGCCGUUUUGUGUGGCGGUCAAAUAAUGUUACAUCCGAUCGAAUCUUCAAAUCCAGCGACACAAGAUCAUGAACCUCGUAUUUUCCCGGAUGAGCUUUUUGGGAUGCAAGAGAACGUAAUUACUUGUAUGACACUGACAAACGACUUUUUAUGCUUUGGCACAGAUUUGGGGAUAAUUGUGCAUUUUUCGUUGGAACAAUGGGCAGUUGUUAUUCAAUAUCGAUACGAAAUGGGCAUCAAACAGAUAUUCUCAGACUUGGAAAGUGCCCGUUUAGUCAUCCUAAAUGACCAGAAUCAGGGUUUUGUGUAUAUUCCAACGAGCGAAGAUGUCAUCAAAAUACCUGAAUUACCGAAAAAUUGCACCGGAGUCUUGUGGGAUUACGCUCAUCCAAGUACUUUUGUGGCUUUUGACUCGAAAACUUGCGUGACAUAUGUCUAUAUUCGUCACAGCAUCAAGGGAAAGUACAUCGAACGUGUGGGGCAAACGAAAUUAUUGACGGAACAACUUCCCCUGAUGUGCUAUGAUGGCACAAUUGUCAACAGCAGUGGCGGCAGAAUCAGUUCCAUGACAUUAGACACCCAUAGAAAUGAUCCCAGUAACACGACGGAGGAGCAAUUGACCAUGGCAUUAGCUCUUCGACGCAUGAACGAAUGUUGGGAAUUUUGCAAAGGACUCGAUCGUGAAGAAUUUUGGAUAAAAGUUGGAAAUGCAGCGUUGAAUGACAUCGACAUCCAAUUCGCGAUCAAGGUUUUUCGUCAUAUCCAACAUGCCGCCAUGGUAACUGCCCUCGAGGAAAUUCAAAAUAUCGAGGAUGUGAAUUUACUUUCGGGAUAUUGUGCACUUUUACUUGGCGAAGUUGAAUUAGCAAAAACUCUCUUUGCGAGCAGCACUAAUCCGAAAGAAGCUCUCGAUUUAUGUCGCGAUUUGUUGAAUUAUGAACAAGCGUUGGCCAUAGCAAAAAAUCUCGCUCCUGAUGAAGUUCCUUUCAUUGCGCGGGAAUAUGCGCAGCAACUCGAGUACACCGGAAAUUAUCAAGAAGCUCUCUUAAAUUACGAAAAAGCGAGUAAUUUCGAACCACGAAUGGAUGACAAUGAGGAGCAAAUUCAUCGACAUUUCGUAAUUUGUCGAGCAGGUACAGCUCGAACGAGUAUAAAAUCCGGAGAUUAUCGCAAAGGAAUGCAAAUCGCGAUCGAAAUGAAAGAUCCUGCGUUGUUAAAAGACUGCGGUGAGGCUCUUGUGAGUACCGGGCAUAUCUCUGAAGGAGCUCAACUCAUGGAAAAGGCAGAAAAUUGGGAUCGCGCUUGUCAGUUGUACAUUCAGCUCAAACAAUGGAAUCGCGUUGACGAUAUUUUGCCGCAUGUAACGUCGAUGAAACUCCAUUCCGUCUAUGCAAAAGCCAAAGAAAGUGAAGGAAGGUAUCGGGAGGCGAUGAAUAGUUAUCGAAUUGCCAAUGAUAUGGACAGCGUGGUGCGAAUUUUAAUUGAUCACAUGAAUGAUCCGCAUUCCGCUUCGGAAAUUGUGCUGAGUACAAGAAGUGUUGAUGGGUCUAAAAUGCUCGCGCGGUUCUUCCAAAAUAUCGGAGAUUAUGACUCGGCGAUACAAUUUCUCGUGUUAUGUGGUUGCAUAUCGGAUGCCUUUCAAUUGGCGCAAAAAUACAACAAAAUGCGACAUUAUGGGGAAGUGCUCGAGCAAUAUGAUAAUGCGAAAUCUGCGGAUUUUUUGGCAUUAGCGAAACAUUUCGAAACGGAAAAGUACACAAUACUUACGGGAAAAUAUUAUUUCUUGGCGAAGGAAUAUUCAAAAGCACUAAAACACUUGCUCAAAGCUUCAUCCUUCAAUAAUGAGGAAAAUACGGCACUUUCGUUGGCGAUCGAUUGUGUGGCAACCUCAAACGAUGACAAACUCGCGAAUCAACUAAUUGAAUUUUUGCUGGGAGAAAGUGAUGGAGUUCCAAAAGACCCGAAACUGCUCUUUAGACUUUACAUGGCACGACGACAGUACAAGGAGGCAGCAAAAGCAGCUGUUAUAAUCGCGAAUCAGGAGCAAAUUUCGGGAAAUUAUCGCACGUCACACGAUUUGCUCUUUUCCAUGUAUCAAGAACUAAAGAGAAAUAAUUUGACAAUAGCGAAUGAUAUGAGAUACGCCUUAAAUUUGCUACAUCGCUAUACCUUAGUUCGGGUUCAUGUCAAAAGACAAGAUCAUGCCCUGGCAGCACGUUUGCUGGUGCAAGUUGCUUCGAAUAUUUCACAAUUUCCGUCACAUGUUGUUCCGAUCCUUACCUCAGCAGUGAUUGAAUGUCAAAGAGCUGGUCUCAAAAAAUACGCUUUUGAGUACGCCGUAACACUAAUGAGACCUGAACAUCGCUCCCAAAUCGACCCAAAGUACAUUAAAAAAGUUGAAACCAUCGUGAGACGUGCUCCGAAAGGCGUAAAAGACCUGGAAGAUGAUGUCGAAGCAGAAACAUCUCCAUGUCCGAAAUGUGAUGCGAAUUUGCAAGAUAUGGAAAUUAAUUGUCAUCAAUGUAAAACUACAAUUCCUAUUUGUAUUGCUUCGGGUCGUCACAUUUUGAAAGAAAAUAUGGUAGUUUGUCCCGAAUGUGACUUUCCAGCAAUUCGAUCAGAGAUGAUAAAGGUUCUUGACCAAUCCAACGAAUGUCCAAUGUGUGCUGAAAAUGUCGAUUCCAAUCGUUUGAUUGACAUUGAUGAUAUUUCACCUUAUUUGAUGUAAAAAAAAUAUCCAUUUUAGGACUAAAUGUAUUCUUUCUUUAAAUGGUCUUCGAUGAAGAUUCUUAAAUGUCGUUUAA